UCUAUUUUUUUUCUACUCUAUUCAAUUUCAAUUUCUCUCUGUGUUUCCCCUCUCAUCACCAUGCUUCCAAAGUUCAUCAUUAGCCCCUUCAGGGUGGAAUCCCAAGAAGGGAAGCAUGUGAACAAGAGAAGAAAGCAUGUGAGAUCAUUUAAGAGUACCAACAUGGAUGUUGGUUUGAGACUUCUCCCUCAAAUUACAAGCUCAAAUAGCACAUCAAAUGUCCUCUUGAAAUCUGCAGUGAGAAAGGCAAACCAACAAUCCAUCCCUCAAGACUUAUGCUUCCUUAAAACUUACAAUCUAUGCAAUAAGCAACUAUGUCCAGACAAAGAUAUUUACUUGUACAGCAGAGAUCAAGGUUUCUGCAGUGUAGAGACCAAGCAAAUGGUAGCUGCUUAUAGGCAAUGUUCUAGUGAGUCACGUAGUGAGACUCGCCUUAUACUUGAGGACCUACGAAUGCAGAGACUUAAAUCUAGAGUCUAAACCAAAUCCCUUGUAUAUAUAAUAAUCAAAACCACUACUGGAAAUAA